AUGAUUGAAACAACUACACCACCAUCACCAAAGUUAUUGGUCACAGAUGUAACAUCAACAUCAGUAUCGGCACCAACAUCAAACUUACCACCAAAAUCAAUACCAUUGGCCAGUGACAAUUUUGAAAAUGAAGGUGUUAAAGGAUUCGAAUAUAAAAAAUAUAGUGCAAAUACAACGAAAAAAGAAAAUAAAAGUAAUGUUAGGGAAUUAAAGAGGUUGUUUGAAUCCAAAAAGUCAAGUUUUAAUUCACCAUUAAGAAUAUUGCCAAAUUUCAAGGGUAAAAAAGAUAAGAGUGAUUCAGCUUUAGGGAUAAAUGAUAAUUUAUUACCACCACCCACAACUACAGUUCAUAAAACAAAUACACCUUCAACAGCAAAUAGUAAUCCAAAUUUAAAUUUAGAUAAUAUAAUUUCACAGGCUGAUAGAAAAUAUUAUUUUUAUGUCAAUGAAGCUAUUAGAAAAAAUCAACCAAUUGUACCAUCAUUAGCUAUUAGAAGAAAAUCAAUUGAUUUAACACAUAGUCCAAUAAAGGGAUCAUUAUAUGCAACAAAGUAUCAACAUUCAUAUUCUCCAUCAACUAGAACAAUUCAGUUAACAAAAAAUAAUGUUAAUAGAAAUUCAGCAUCUUUAAAAGAGGGUACCACAACUACAGCAGUAGCACCAGCUUCAUCAAUACCAUCCAAUUCAUCAAUUCAUAGUAGUUUGGGUACUGAGGAUGUCGAUAAUAACGAUUCAACAUGGAUUAAACCAAAUAAAGCCAGAGAUGAUGAUUAUUUUACCGAUAGAAAUGUUUCACCAUCAAGAUUACCAGUUUCAAGAAGUACAUUCGAUUUAAAGUUCAAUAGAAACGGUGUAACCAAAGAAGAACCAACUAAUAUUAAAUUUAAUAGUUUAACAGUUGCACAAGAUCAGAAAUUCAAUCAUGAUAAUAGCCAGCAAUCAUCAUCAUCAUCCUCUUCAACUCAUCAAAAACCGCCAAAAGAAUCAAAAACAUUCAAAUUUCCAUUUUCAAAGGGCAAAGAAAAAUCAUCAUCAUUUGUAUUUGUACCACCCACAGAGCAGCAACAACAAGAAUCACAAGAACCACAACCAAAUACAGCUGAGGCGAUUGCAUUAUCACUUUCCAAAAAAGAUAGAAAGAAAUUACAAGAUGACAAAGAAAGAGAAAAACAAAAACAAAACACAGCAUUGAUCGAAGAAGAUAAACCAACAAGAUUAUUCCCUUGGGUUACACUCAGAAGAAUUAAAAGAUCAAAUACUGCAGAUAUUUCACCAAUCAAACAGCCACAAGUUGCUAUUGUUAAAGCAAAGAUUGAUAUUACUCAUGAAUCUUCAGUAAAGCCACAACUUUCAACCGUACAGGUAGUUAGUAAAGCUGUAUUAUCACAACAACCCCAAGUUGCAACCACAGAGAAACAACAAGCUGUAUUAUCAAAUGAUGUCACUAUUUCAAUUCAACAAGAACAAAAGGAGCAAAAACAAAAGAAUGAAAAAGAUAGUUUAGAAUUACAAAAGAAAUUAAAUAGAUUAUCAAUUAAACAACAAUUAUUAGAACCAGUUAACCACAAUGGUUCCAGCGAGCAACGUCAACAAGAAAUUGCUCAAGUUGCAGAGCAAAUUGAAGAGAUUCAACAAAAAAUCGAACAAAUUCAACAUGAGGAGAUCAAACAAAAGCAUCAACAACAACUACAACAACAAGAUGCAUUAAAUAAACCAAAAUUCAUUUCAUUAUCUACUACUAUUCUUAAAAGAGAUCUUCAAAGUAGAGCAUCAAGUUCAUCACCAGUCUCACCAUCAACAUCACCCCAUUCAUCAUUCCUUAGUGGUGAAGGGUCAUCACCACCUUCACCAAAGAAAUUUGUUUCAGUUGCUAAACCAACAAAAACUAAAAUAAUGUCAAGUAUCAGCGAUGAUAGUGGUGAACAAUCCCCAACAUUAAGCACAGACUCAAGUAUUAGCAACGGUAGCGAUAAUGGCGGCGAGCAAUCACCAAAUCAAUUAUCAGCAUUACAUCCAACAAUGUCUGCACCAUCAUCACCAACUUUAUCUCCAACCAACAAAGAAGCAUUGAUAAUGAUGGAAAAACAUAAAAUUAAUUACAGUGAUGAUGGUUUCCUUUUAAAUCCAAAUCCUCCAUCAAUUUCAAAUAGUGACCUUGCAGAUGGUAUUAUUAGUAAACCAAUUAAUAAUAGAUUAGAACAAUUGCUCACAUCACAUAGAAACAGAUCAGCCUCAGUUGGUAGUAUUCUUGAACAAAUGUCUAAAUUUGAAAUUGACGACAUCCCACCACUUAAAGUUCACUGUAGCAGUUUGGAAGAGUGUUUAGAGACUUUUGAAAAACCAGAUCCACAACAUGGCCGUUGUUAUGUAUUAGAUUUAGGUAAUUGCUCAUUAGGUGAUGAAGGUUUAACAACAUUGUCGGAUAAUUUCCCAGGUAAUUUAGAAAUUGCAGAUCUCAGUUGGAACGAUAUUGGUUGCGAAGGUUCAGAUGGUUUUGACAACUUUUGUAGUAUGCUAAGAAGAUCUAAAAAUUUAAUUCAAUCACUUAGUUUAAUGGGUAAUCAAUUAAAUCCUCAAAUGAUAGAGUUGCUUUUAGAAUCAAUCGAAAUUCGUAAUAUCGAACAACUUAAAACUAAACAGGUUAAAAAGGGUUACAAAGGUUUUGGUUUAAAUCUUAAAGAAACUGGUAUUGAAAAUGAAGGUGCAGAGCAUAUUGCUCAGUAUAUUGGUGCCAAUAAAACACCAAGCAUUAUUGGUCUCGAUCUUACAAGUAGUAGUGUAACUGAUGUUGCUAUGUCAGAGUUUUCAGUAUCUCUCUCAAAGACCCAGUUCCUCACAACUUUAAUUUUGGAUGAAAACUAUUUAGGUGAUGACGGUGCAAUUCUUUUAGCUGAUGGUUUGAAAUUUAAUAAAUCCCUCACUCAUCUUCAACUUAGAAAUACAGAUAUUGGUGAAAAUGGUACCACAGAGUUAUGCAAUGCAUGCAAAUUUAAUUCAGUACUCACACUAUUGGAUGUUUCUUUAAAUCCUUGGCAAUUAGGUGGUGAAAUUUCACUUCAGUCAUUAAACAUUUUCAAACAACAAUUAUUUAUCAAUAGUAAUGGUCCAAAAGUCAAGAUUGUAUGGAAAGAUGAUGGUAUGGAGUCAUGUUUAGAAAUCGAAGAAAUUUUAGAUAUUGUUCAAUACUUUGGUACAGAUAAAAUUAUUGAUAUCAUGAUGAUGGGUAUCAAUUUUUCACCACUUGUUGAGAAUGAAAAGCUAUAUGAAUACUUACAGUUAGAAGGUAAACAUAUCGAUAAAAUAUUUAAGCGUAUCAUAUCACCAAAAGUAGAUAAUGCAAAUCAUCUCAAUUCACUCAAAUUGCUUGUAUCUCUUCUCCCAAUUCAUCUCCGUGAAAAUGAAACUUUCCUUACCAGUUUCUUGGACAACCUUUCAUCUUUAUUCCUUUUAUUAGACAGAAGUACCAGCAACAAAAAAAUCGAUUUCCUUCUAUUAGAUUUAUUAGAUUUCUUUACCCUACUAAUUAAAUCAGAUCAUCGUCCAUCAUAUGAAAAAAUAAAUGAAAAUAAUUUAUUUACAAAAUGUUUAGAAUUAUUUUUCAAUUUCCCAAAUCACAGUAUUUUACAUUAUAAUAUUUUAAAUUUAAUUACAGAGACUACUCAAAGCACAUAUUUAAAUUUCUAUGAAGAGACAACCUUUACAAAUGACUUUUUCAUAAAAUUAAUUUCAUUUGUUACUGAUGAAAACGAUAAACAACCAGGUUUAAGAAAAGCAAAUUAUGCCCAUUCUUUAGAAAUUUCAAAUCUUUUAGAUAGUCGUUCAAAUAGUCCAUAUUUAAAUACAGAUGAAUGGUGUCAAUUUAAAUUAAAUAUUUUACAAAGAGAACUACAUUUGCAACAAUCCUUCUUAUGUGGUUUCAUACCCGAUAAAAAUCAAAAAAUUGAUCAAGCAUUAUUAAGCAAAUUUGAAAAAGAGUUUAAAAAAUAAAUUUUUCAAAACAAUAUAAAAUUAUAAUAAUAAUAAUAAUAAUAAUAAUAAUAAUAAAUUAAUCAUAAAUAAAUAUAUUAAUAUUAUUUUUUUAAAUUUUAAAAGAUAAUAUUAAAAUUUGUAUCAAUAUU